CUGCCGUUACCUGGUCCACAGGUAGACGGAGCCGGAGCAGGACGCGGAUCCCGGAGCUCAGUCCACCAUGGCGGAGUCCCAGCUGGUCUGCAUGGACGACGAACACGUCAACGAGAAGAUCCCGGAGUCCCGUCCGGAGUUCUACUACAGUGAGGAGCAGAGGGCGGCCCUGGAGCAGCUGCUGCGGAACGGGGACGGAGCCUUCAAGGUCCGGCUCCGGGACGACAACAUCCGGGACUUCCUGUCGGCUCGCGAGGUCAAGAGCAUCCGCAAGACCUUCCAGGAGUACGAGCCGGACAGCGACUCCGAGUCCGGGGACCAGGACAAGACCAAGGAGUCCAGCGCGGACUCCGGGGUCCACUCCACAUACUGGCCCCAGAUGUCCGACACGGAGGUCCCGGCCCUGGACAUCGGCUGGCCCGGGACCAGCGGACUCUACAAAGGGGUGACCCGGGUGUCCGUGUACACCCACCCCCCCAAGGAGCCCGGACCCCACAUCAAAGAGGUGGUCCGGAGGAUGAUCCAGGACGCGCACAAGGUGGUCGCCAUCGUCAUGGACCUGCUGACCGACCUGCAGAUCCUCCAGGACCUGCUGGACGCGGCGUCACGGCGUGGUGUGGCGGUCUACGUGGUGCUGGAGGCCUCCGGAGUUCCACACUUCCUGGACAUGUGCACACGGCUGCAGAUCAGCGCCAUUCACCUACGGAACCUGCGUGUGCGGAUGGUGAGAGGAGCUGGACUGGCCUUGUCCUUUGGAAAACUGCCCGGAUCGCUGUGUUCCAAGUACAUGUUGGUGGACGGAGAGAAAGUCAUGUUCGGAUCCUACAGUUUCACCUGGAGCUCCUCCCGGAUGGACAGGAACACCAUCACCGUCAUGUCGGGUCAAGUUGUGGACUUCUUCGACCAUGACUUUAGGGAGAUGUACGCCAUUUCUGAACAUGUGGACCUCUACAGAGAGUUCAACAUCACCAAGCCCCCUCCGCCCACCCCCAUCAGGAAGCCAAAGGUGGAGCAGGUCCGGCCUCUGCCCGUCUCCACGUCUCGCUUCCAGGUCUCCGUCGGCGACUCCAAACAGAUCGACCUGAAGGUUCCCGCACAUAAAUACCACAACCCCAAAUACUCUCUGGUUUUCGGGAACAGCAUGGGUCUGACGGGCUCCCUGCAGGACCUGUCCACCCAGAAGGACACGGUGGCCGGGUCGAACCAGAGGAACGGCCUCCAGAACAGCUUCCAUCACAACAACAAGGACAAAGCGGAGCAGCCGUCGCCUCAAAGUCCGGCUUCGCCUGCAGAAGACGAGGACGACGACGGAAAGGGAGGUCUGAAGAAGAGCCAGUCGUUCAACGCAAAGAAGCAACGCAGCUCCUUCAGACACUUCUUAAAAGGACGAGGAGCUAAUCAGGGCUCAGAGACGUUAGAUGAGGGCAUGGCCACUCCGCAGACACCGUCUCCGGCCAAAACGCCCGAAUCCAGCGGCGUCGUGGGAAGUGAGCUGGAGGACACGUUUGAGAUCAUCGAGAAGCCGAAUCCAUUGAAAGCCAAGUUCAAGAAGACGUCGAAGCUGAGCCAGAGGAGCAUCUCCAUGCAGACGAUCAACACCCCGGACGAAGAUGGAUUCAAGAGUCGUCGGCGACAACAGAAGAAGAACUGCAUCCAGUCCUGAUCAAACCCAUGUUUUUACUCUAAAGACUGAAACAGAGGAAGUGACAGAUCAGCCAAGUCUCGGAGGUGACAUUAAACAUUACACGAUAUGUGGCUAAUGGGACGAUGCGUUCGAGUUCACCUCAGUCUGUCACGAGAGACGCUUUAAAGUCCCUCUGUAAAUGUCAGCGCUGUGGCCGUCCUCCCGUCUGUCGUAUGAACUUAUUGUCAGUGUUGGUUUUUUUUGUUUUUUUUUGUUCUCAUGCUUGAAGCUCAAUGCCGCACGACUGGAUUACAUCACACCCGGGAGUUACUCCGGUUGCUAUGGUGAAAGGAAAAGUGAUCAGACGUGGCGUUGUCCUUGGGUGUCACCUUACGAGGACCCUUGGUAACAGAGUGAGACCUGUGGCAGAGCGUUGUACAGGCUGUGAAUAAUGUAGAGUUCCUGCAUCUGAACGCCGAGCUCCGGGUUUGAAUCCAGUUCCAAAAUGAAAAUGUGAAUCACCGUGUUUUGAACCACCACAUGAGAGGAAUCUCAGUUUGUAGCAAAUGUUUGGAAAAAAAA